GGCGAAAGUAGAGGAAAGCUAUAUCUUUAUUUCGAAUCAUUGGUCCGUAAAUAUACUCGAUGGUGAAUUAUUUGAUGAAGUUUCAUGCGUAAAAAAAUAUGUCACAAACGAAAAGAUCGACGAAUGGUGACAGAAUAACCAGCCUUGCCAUCAAAGGUGGAUUGAGAGUUUUGAACAUUUUACAGCAAAAGAAGUUGUUUUCAAAAACAUUUGUAAAAUCGUAGAAUUUUCUUUGUCUCCCUGGAUCUAAUGCCCCCAUUGAACGAAUAUUUUCAUUGGUGAAUAAUAUGUGGACGAAUGAAAAAACUGAUUUAAAAGUAAGCACAUUAGAAGCAUGUAUUUCCAUCAAAUACAGUACAACUUUCAAAUGAAUUGUAUGGAAUUUUACGACUUUAAAGCAUGAAACGGCACUAAAAAAAAUUAAUUCUACUGAAAAGUAUCAAAAUUAAUGUUAUUUAAAUUUUUACAAUGUGUUUAUGUGUAAUAAUUCAGAUUGUUUAAAAUUUUAAUGUAUGCAUUAUUGUAUGCUACUAUUUUCAUAAUAAAUAUUAUAAACUUAUGAAUUUUAUAAGGUAUUUUUUGAUUUUCUUCGAUAUGUCCUUUAUUUUCCCCCCAAAAAUAUGGUCACUGUAAUUAUAACAGAUAUCGCCAGAAAUGUACUCUUUUAAUUAUUCACACCGUGAAAAAUUAAAAACUAUUAGAAAUCCAAAGAUGAAUGACUAAGAGUACGAUAGUGGUGGUGAAGGCUCUAGUACCGGCGUUACUAAAAAAGAAAAAUGAACAAUUCUACAAACACGAGUGGGAAGCCCUACCAGAGUUCAAAGGGUGGUUAAUCCAAAGUAAAAAAGGGCGACAAUUUGCACUUUGCAAGCCUUGUGGCAAAGACAUAAACAUUUCAAAUGGAAAAGAUGCUUUACUUAAACAUAGUGUCGGGAAAUUUCAUAUAAAAAAAUUAGAAACGAUCUCAAGUAAACAAGUCUCAGUGAUGAAAACUUUUGCUAUAUCCGGAUCAAGGCAAGAGCAAUUGGAGGCAUCAAUUAAAGAAGGGGAAAUACGCCUCGUAGCAGAGCACAGCCUGCCUUUCUUCGUCAUGGAGCAUCUGCCGAAAUUAAUUAUGAACAUUUGUCCCGACUCAAAAAUUGCUCAAGGAUUGGCAUGCAGCAGAAUCAAAACAACAGCCAUUAUGAAGUACGUUACUGGUAACGAGGGUUUUUUUCAGGUUUGUGAUGAUUUAAGAAAUAAGAAAUUUUACCUUAUCGUGGAUGAAUCAAUGGAUCGGAGCACAAUAAAAUACUUACGCUUAGUUGUAAGGUAUUUAAAAGAUGACGUUACUCAAGAUAGUUUUUUUGGUCUUUUAAAUUAAGGGAAUCCGAUGCAACUAUCUUAUAUAAUGACAUUGCUGAAAUGUUUAACCUCAAUAAUAUUCUGUACAAAAACAAUUUGAUAGGGUUUGCAUCCGAUGGAGCUACUAUUAUGACGUGAAGUCACCAUUCGUUGAUGACAUUAUUAAAAAAUGAUGUACCUAAUUUAUAUAUUAUAAAAUGUAUAUGCAAUUCGUUUCACUUGUGGGCAUCAUAUGCGUGUCACAAAUUACCUAGGUACUGUACGUCGAAGAUCUCUGCCGCGAUAUUACAAUUAUUUUAAUUCUUGUCCAAAAAGGUUUUGUGAAUUCAGCCAAUUUCAGCAAUUUUGCAAUAUAAAAACCCACAAAAUUCUACAUCCAUCGCAAACCAGAUGGCUUUCAGUUCAUGGUGGUGGUAAUUCGAAUCUUAGAACAGUACGCUGCUCUAAAACUAUAUUUUACUGAUGCUGCCAACAGUAAUAAUGUCCUUGCUGCAAAUAUUAUACUGCAGAAAUUGAAUGAUACGGUUUCAAAAUUAUUUCUAGAAUUUUUGGAUUAUGUGUUGCCUCUAUUCAAUAUUUUAAAUAUAGAAAUGUAAUCCGCGUCCCCAAAGUUGCAUGUUUUGUAUGAAAAUGUUUGCCUCGUUUUGAAAACAAUUUAUGAUUGCUUCCUUCAAAGAAAUUAUAUAACAACCAUCCAAUCGAAAAUAUUUAUUUUAAAAAUCCAAGAAAUUAUUUAGCUAUAGAAAACAUGUAUUUUGGAGCAAAAGUCGUCGCUUCAAUGACGCGACUGAACCUUCCAGAUGAACAGAUUAAAGUCUUUUGACUAUGUUAACAGUUUGGAUUAUUACAUUGAAGGUUGCACCCAAAUUACUGCUAGAUUUCCUCUUAAAAACAACUCUAUAAAAAAAUUUAGUUUUUUGAACCCAACCGUCGUAAAAAGUGGGACUAUACAUACAGUUACAGAUGUUGCCUUAUUUCCUAAUCUCAUAACUGAUCGCGAGCUUCAAAGUUUAGAUUCCGAACGGAGACUAUUAAGAAAUAAUGUAUUUUAGCACAUCAUUGCUGAAAUACAGUCAUUUAGCAAUGAUGUGAAAGUUUUCUGGCAAAAUAUUAAAACUAUUACUCUGGGCGAUGAAACACUUGUUUUUCCAGUGUUGUCUCGUUGUGUCUGCCUUAUUCUUCAGCUAAUGUGGAAAGAAUAUUUUCGUCAAAAAAUCUGUUAAAAACGAAACAAAGAAAUAAACUGAGCUCGAAACAAUCGCUGGCUCACU